AUGGCACCUGAGCAGCAAGGGACCCACACCAUCCCAGCACCGAACGGCAGGCCUGCAGCAGACACUGUUCUGGAUGCGGAGACCACGGCCCGAGCUGAAUGCCCGAGCAUGCCGGCCGGGGCUGCCCUCCAGGCCCCCACAUCCUCCCUCUUCUCUCACACUCCUUGCCUGACCGAGUUAGCUGCGGUCCUUAAAUGCUACGAUGACAUUGACUCUGGGACGUGUCUGUUGGCCGCUGGCUUACAGAGCCACUUCCUCGCGGGUGAUGUUUUAUUUGUAUACUUAAACAUUUUUAUUAGGAUAAGUGAAAACCAUCUGACCCGCAAGGACGUGGAUUGGGAGCGGGAGAAAAUGCCAGGCAAGCAGGCGGCGACGGAAUGCAAGGCUGGAGGUGACGCAAAGAGAGGGAAGAAGUGCAAUACUCAGGGUGAAGACAUGGAGCUACAAGACGGAGAUCUGUCAGCUGAAGAAAGAGAAUUUUUAGAACAGUUCUCUAAGUGGAAAAAGGAUCAAGAGGUGGCCAUUAAACAACUCUAUGCCCUUGCAGAAGACAUUGAUGCAAACCAUAAGAAAAUGGUCAAGUCUAACGUGGUGACUAGUUCUGCUGCCGUGGCCUCUGGGGUCAUGAGCCUCCUGGGCUUAGCCCUGGCUCCAGCCACUCUAGGAGCAAGCACGAUGCUCACAGUGGCUGGCAGUGGUUUGGGCGCAGCAGCUGGGGUCACCAGAAUUGUGACCGAUGUGUGGGAAACAUACCGCAAUAGAAAAGCCCAAGCUCAGGCCAGCACCCUACUGCCCACUACUGACCAAGAGCUUGAAGAUACUGGGGGAAAGAAAACAUCCUAUGUCACCAACAUUGGCCAGAUCAUCCACAAUUGCGGGAGCGCCGUGGACACCAUCAGGAAGCACACCCGAGCUUUGCGGCUAGCCAGAGCCCACCCGCACUUGGCCACAUCUGCCAGGCGCCUCAUGACCACUGGCCAAGUGUCAACCCGAAGCGCCAGGCAGGUGCAAAAGGCUUUCACGGGCACAGCCCUGGCCAUGACAAAGGAGGCCCUCUUGUGGAGAGGACUGAUGUCAAUCGGCUUCCUUUGCAGCAACAUAGCUGCUCUCUCUGAGGAGUGGAAACAGCUGAAGGAAGGCACGAGGGCCGAGCUUGCAGAAGAGCUGCGGGCUUAUGCGCGGGAGCUGGAGGAGCUGGUGGGGGAAUGCACCCAGUACUACAAGCAGCUGCGGAACAAGAAAAUGUUGCAUGAAAGGAAACAAAUGCAGGGACUGAGAAGAUGGCUCAGUGGUUAAAGGUUUUGCUUGAAACACCUGCCAGGCCCCCGUGUCCAAUUCCCAAGUCACCAAUGGAAGCAGCCUACAUAAUGUGACUCAGCAUCUGCUAUCAUUUGAGCCAGUUAA